AUGAUAAAAUCCAUAUACACUACUGUACUCAUUUUAACUAUAGUUACAGCAUCAUUUUUCCUUGGUAGAGCUUAGGCUCAUAAUUAAAAUGUUUUUGAGAUAUGCCCACCAGAGAAUCUAAAUUGCUAUGGGCCCUCAGAUUAUAUCAGACUAAAAGAAAUUGCUAGCUUAAGGUAAUUCAAUCCAAACACUCUUCCUAAAAUUAACUCAAAAGUAAUAAUUAUGUGGGUUUAAUGGGGUCUUGGGAAUCAAAUGUUUUAUUAUGCUGCAUGCUACAAUUUUGCCAAGAUAAUGAAUGCUUCUAUUUGGAUUGCAGACUAUUCAAGAGUUGAUGUAAUAAAAAACAGAACAUUUGGUCCCGAUGAAAGGAUAAUUGCUCUUGAUUACUUUAAUAUUAGUUAUGGAAGAGUAUUGAGUAAAUACGAAUUCUAAUAUUACACUAAAAAUGCUGAGUAUAUUAAGGAUAGGAAUUUCUAUAAAUGGAAUAUGACUGCUCAGCUUCAUUAUGCAUAAGAUUAUUUUGAAUCUGAUUAUUUCUUUUUGAAUGUUUCUGAAGAAAUCAAAUAAAACAAAUUUUAGCUUUCUAAUAGAUUUAAAGAUCCAUUAUACUUGGAGUUAGAGGAUUAGAUAUUACAAACAGAAAGUGUUGCAUUGCAUAUUCGAAGAGGUGAUCUUGAAUAAAAAUAUCGAGGGCUUCCUUGGAAUUAUUAUCUAGAAGCAAUUGAUCAAUUGAAGCAGAGACUAAAUAGAGAUUUAAAGAUAUUUGUAUUUACUGACUAUGUCGGCACUUUUUUUUAGCAUCCAGAGUUGGCAGCACUAAAUGCUACUCUAGUCUCUGAUGAUUAAUACAUGGAUCAUACGAUUAAAGAGUUUACUCUAAUGAGUAAAUGCAAGCAUUUCAUUAUAGCCAACAGCACCUUUAGUUGGUGGGCUGCUUACCUUGCCAAAAAUAAAGAUAAGAUAGUAAUGGCACCUUUUCCAAAGUUUAGUAGAAAAUACUAUGAUAUGUAAGGGAUAAAGUACAGUCCGCAAAAACAGAUGAUUAUAGAUUAAUACACUUAUCCUGCAGAUUGGAUUAAAAUAGAUCCAUUUAAGGAGGAAUAGUAAUGA